AUGGAUCGCAUGGUGCAGAUGAUGGAAAGAAUGGCGGAGUUCAUGAUGGCUCAGCAGGCUCCAAACCAAAAUCAAGUUCAGCCCCGAGUAGAUUAUGCUAAAGCAAUAGCCAGCAGGCACCCUCCGACCUAUGCCGGAGAAGAAGAUCCCGUGGUUCUGGAAGAGUGGAUCAGAACAUUUGACAAGUUGUUGGACGCAGUAAACUGCCCUGCGGAUCAGAGAAUAUCCUCGGCUGUGUACUACCUCACAAAGGUUGCGGACAAUUGGUGGACUACAACUGGGCCUGAUCUUUUGCAAGAACCAGACUUCGACUGGGAAGACUUCAAAACAGCAUUGAGGGCUCAGUUUUACACUGAAAGAAUUCGAGGAAUUAAAUGCGAAGAAUUUCUAAGGCUGAGACAGAAAGGGGCAAGUAUUCAGGAGUAUUAUGCAAAGUACAUAGAACUGCUAAGAUUCGCCCAGGAUAUCGUGCCGGAUGACGUGAGCAAGGCAAGAAGAUUCGUGCGCGGCAUGGACUGGGAUAACUGA